CCGUGACGUCACUUCCCCGCGCCUAGUCCAGCGGCGCUCCGAGCCGCGAACGUGGGUGGACUAAGCGGGUUGCGUCACGGAUGCGCACACCGGAAGCGGGGCCGGGGCCGGCGGAAGUGGAGGGGCGGAGCGCGGAGGCGAUGGGGGGCGGCAGCGGCUGGCGAUGAGCAGCGGUAGCGCGUGAGCGAGUCAGCGGGUGAGGCUGGGGGGCCCCGGAGAGCGAGCCGCAGGGCGGAGGGCAGGGGCGCGAGCGCAGCGGGCGGCGGGCAGCAGCCAGGGCGCGGCGGCGGCGGCCGAGAAGAUGGCGGACGGCGACAGCGGCAGCGAGCGCGGCGGCGGCGGGCCCGGUGGCUUCCAGUCCGCGUCCCGCGGCGGCGGCGAGCAGGAGACGCAGGAGCUGGCCUCGAAGCGACUGGACAUCCAGAACAAGCGCUUCUACCUGGACGUGAAGCAGAACGCCAAAGGCCGCUUCCUCAAGAUCGCAGAGGUGGGCGCAGGCGGCUCCAAGAGCCGCCUCACACUGUCCAUGGCGGUGGCCGCCGAGUUCCGCGACGCGCUGGGCGACUUUAUCGAGCACUAUGCGCAGCUGGGCCCCAGCAGCCCGGAGCAGCUGGCGGCGGGCGCCGAGGAGGGCGGCGGGCCGCGGCGCGCGCUCAAGAGCGAGUUCCUGGUGCGCGAGAACCGCAAGUACUACCUGGACCUCAAGGAAAACCAGCGCGGCCGCUUCCUGCGCAUCCGCCAGACCGUGCACCGUGGCGGCGGAGGCGGCUUCGGGGGUCCCGGGCCGGGUGGCCUUCAGAGCGGCCAGACCAUCGCGCUGCCUGCGCAGGGCCUCAUCGAGUUCCGCGAUGCGCUGGCCAAGCUCAUCGACGACUACGGAGGCGAGGACGACGAGCUGGGCGCGGGCGGCGGCGCCGGGAGCCCUGGGGCCGGCCUGUACGGGGAGCUUCCGGAGGGCACCUCCAUCACGGUGGACUCCAAACGCUUCUUCUUCGACGUGGGCUGCAACAAGUACGGAGUGUUCCUACGCGUGAGCGAGGUGAAGCCGUCCUACCGCAACGCUAUCACUGUUCCCUUCAAGGCCUGGGGCAAAUUCGGAGGCGCCUUUUGCCGGUACGUGGAUGAGAUGAAAGAGAUCCAAGAACGGCAGAGGGAUAAGCUCUACGAACGACGUGGCGGGGACGAGUCCGAAGGCGAAGAGGUGGAUGAAGAUUGAACCCGCUACUGCCCCUGCAGGCCUCCACCCUUCACCACUAUCCCCUUCCUGCCCAACCCCAGUGAGCUAGUAUGGGGGAAUAAGGGAGGCCCCAGAGGGAGAAAGCAAAAACUUAAAUAAUAGUUAAUUAAGAGAAAUAGCCGCAAGAGAACAGUUGCAAACGAUUGGAGAAAAGCAGUAAAGUUCCUAGGAACAGACAGCAACCUGCAGAGAGUACAACGACAUCUCAUAAGCUUCUGUUGUUUUCCACGUGAGGUUCCAAAACCCAUCAGGACAGCUGUGGCAGGAAUAGGUCCUUGCCUGAGUUGGCCAAGGAACACUUCUGAGUCCCCCGGAUACAUGGAUGACUGCUCCAGUUGUGCUGUACCUGGGUGAUGUAUUCUAAAGAUCUCUCCAGACCUCACUGUUGCAGUGUCUUAACCCUUCACUUCCGUUGAAAUCAGCAUUUUGAAUCUAGAUCUUCAUGGAAUUCUCGAGAGUGGCAUUUGCAAUUAGCCAGUUUGGAAGGUAAUGGCUUCAUGAAAAGGAAUGCAACUUUAAAUAAUCGUGGAUAGAGCAAAGUAAGAAUUCCAGAAGCCAUCGGAGAACACAAACAGUUGAAUCCAUUUUACUUAAAAUGGUUUUGCAUGGAACUUGGACCAAGGCCUAUGUCUUUUCUUUGCAGAACUGUUUUCCGGGAUGCAGAUGGAUUCAGAUGUCAGUCCUUGAACCAGAGUCCAUUACUAAAAUAUUUUAAAAGUUGGCUUUUUUUUUUUUUUUAAUAAAAGAGCAGUUUUACAUUGGGGGUUGCUGAGGUAGGCACAAGAAGAUAUCAGGCAUAAAGCACAAGGAAAACUGUUUGAGUGGAUUGGUUGCUGCUCACUAAAGUUCUUCCCCUGAUCUCCAUAUAUGGAGGUCAUUACCAAGAAUGGUUUAGGUAUGAAGGAGGACCAGAUCCCUGUGGCUCCACCUUGUGAGCCCAUGAAUUAUGGCUAAUUUGGCUGUUCAGCCACUGGUUGGCUGGAUUUUUAAACCUUAAAACUUGAAGAUAAUCUGCAAAAGGAACAGUGUAGCUAAAAGGUUGAGCUUUAAUGGAGUGUGUGUCUUCGCAGAAAAAGUUGGAAAUAACCAAAACUGAAGUCUUCAUCUACCUUCAGUUUAAUCUGUGGAUUUUUUUCAAAUACUAAAGAUCCUCAGGUCCAGAAUUCCAGCAUCAUUUAUUCUUUUAAUAUGAAUUUUUAAGAACUUGAUCCAUUGUAUCAGUACCUCACAAUCCAAGUUGGCACAUGAUGGAUGGAUGAUUCAAGCAGCAUGUCCUCUGGAAGCUGAAAUCCACCUGAACGGAGCUGAAGUGAACAGUGAACAUACUGACUAUACUGGAAGCAUUUUUAUACCAUCUUGAAAUUUCAAACUGGCCUUUGCCAGUUUAGCCAGCUGUCUUUCAAGAAUUAAAGUGGGGGUUUUCAAGGAUCACCUCUUCUAUGUUUUAAAUAGAUUUUCAGUAGAAAUCAUUUUUACUAAUCAAGUUAAUCCCACCCCAUCAAAAGGUAUUCCUAGAAAUGUCAGAGACCUGGGUAACUUUGAAUGGAACAGAAGCUAAUGUUCUUUCCAAAGUUUUCAGGUAAUCUUUGUGCGACACCUUCUUGACCAGGAGGCAAGUAACCCCACCUCUACGAUCUUAGUAUUUUUUUUCCACUUGCAUGCCUCCCUUUAUUUGAGCUGCCUUUUAAUUUAUUGCGUACCCUUUUAUUAUCUUAUUUUUGGUAUUCAAUACGUACAAUCUUUUUGUAUUUCUUGGGAAGUAGAUAAUACACAAAAAGGUAUUGUGGCUGAGAGGGAGGGAAAUAAUCAUUUAUGUACAAUUAAGUUUUUUUUUAAUUAGGCCAUUCAGGAUAUUGUUCAUCUUAAUAUUAAAAAAAAAAAGUGGAAAAGCCACAGAUACUGGUGCCCUUUUCAGACUAUUUCUCUACUCUCAUCACAGACUUUUAGAUUUUUUUUUUUUUUGCCUUUUCUUUUUUUAAAAAUUUUUCUCCGUUGCAAAGAAUGUUUCCUAAAUUGUAUGGGAGCAAUAGUAUUUUUGAUGUUUUAAUGACAUCCGUAUACUUGUACUGUAUUUUGUACUACAAGGCAGCUGUUUUCAAUAAUGUCCUGCUGUAUUUACCUAUGUGUUUUGAGUGUUUUCUUUGCUGCGGAGAACAAAUCCCUAAAUAGUUAUAGUAAAAGCUGAGAAGCUAGCAUUAGGCUUGCAGAAACUUUAGUUUCAAACUGAGGCAGCAAUGAAAAUCGAGGUUGCAGCUAAGUUGACAGUUGUAACUUUCUCAUUUUCAAACCAUGUACAAUUCCUGUAUAGACCAACUUGUUUUUUGCUUCAGUGAUGGUUCUGUUGCUCAGCUGCAGUGAGCCAGUUCAGUUUUGCAAAGGUGCAGUACCUCUCCUUUUUAAGGGGUUGGUUUUUUUUCUUUUUUUUUUUUUUUCCUUUUUGUUUGGCUGAAUUGCAGUAACUAGCCUUGCCUUUCUAUUCUGUAGAAAUGACAGGGUCUUCACAAUCCUUCACCAGUGGCUACUAAGCUAUAAUUAGCUGAAUAGAAAGAAUGUGGAAGUGGUCUGAGGCAUAUAGAGUAUAUGCCAAGAACACUACCAUAUAUGGCAUCAGCUUUGGUUACCAGAGAAAUUUUCUUAGUCAUUAGACCAUAUAACAGUAAUAUAUCAUAUGUAAAUCUUUAGAUAUCAAUUUGAGAAUUCUCCCCAAAAAGGAGCAAAGAAUGCAUAAGCUAUGUGUUGGAAAAAGUAAUUUAUAUUAAAAUUUUGACCUGCCUAUGUAAGAUUAAGUGGUAGAUGUCAUAGUGGUGGGUUUUUAAGUCUUAACCAAUCUCAAAGGUUUGUUUCUCCUGCCAGGGGUGGUUUGCAGCCUCUCUUGCCACUGCAGGAACUUCACAGAAGGGUGUGGGAUGAUUCUCAUUCCAGUCCCCAGGGACAGUAGAAACCUACAAACCUCUUAAGGCAGUAAUAUUAUUGGGCCAUCUUUCAGAACUUCUUCAUAAUUACUUCUUAUCCAAGAAAGUUAUUAGAUCCAGUCAGCGCCAUUGUUAAGACAAUGGGAAACAACCAGUUAUUUUUGCUUUUCAGCCACUACUGUAAACAGUGACUUAGAGCUUGUUUUUCACUUUGGCAAGCAUACCAGCUUUUCACAUGCUCAAAAAAGUCCUAGUCCAGAGACAUGGGCAACUUAUAGGAUGUUUGUUUCUCUAGUCACUGCUGUUGCAGAGGUGAGAAGUCAAGUGGUUUCUAUCGUCCCUUCAAGUAGAACGGCAGUUCUCAUCAGCAGAGAAAGUUUUCCGUGCAUGUGCUGCACGGAACAAAAUGUAUAUCUCUAUGGCACCAAAAAACCAAGUCAAACCAAACCAAACCAAAAACCCAGACACCCUAUGUUACUAUGGGAGGCGUGUAGAUGGUAGAAAUGACUGUAGCUGUGAUACAAACAUGGCUGCUUGUCAAGUCACUUUCCAUAAUUAUUUACUGCAAAAUGAUUGAGAGACUUUUGGUGCAGGCAGCCAUUAACCUGCUUCCUUUGUUACCUCUGGGUCACUUUGCAAUAAAUUGCAGGUCUUUUAAGAGUAUCAAACUUCAGUUUUCUCAAAACAAAACAAUUAUCCUGUCUUAUCUGAAAAUGCAGGGUUGUGGGCAAAAGAGGCUGGUUAUAAUAAUGCCCUCAUAUUGAGUGGUCUGUAAACGGCUGCACACUUCAGGCACUAUAGUUGCUGACGAUGCUUUGUUAAAUGUAACCUUGACUGGCUUUACAGAGGGGUAGAAUGUGAUCUACACAAGGUAUUAAAAGGUGACUAUAUUCUUUUGCAUCCAUCUUGCUCUUGAGGUGGGUGAAAUUCAGAAGAAGCUUGAGUGUGUAAGUCAUGCACAGAAGUAUUCUUCACUGUAAAUUUAGUUUUCAUUUUUAACCUGAUUAUGGUACUUUGUCCAAUGCACAAAUGAUCUCUCAGUAGAUAUUCAUUUGAAAAUAGUGUGGCCUUGAUCAGUGAGAAGGGGAAGGAGAGAAGUGACUUUCUGCUUAUAUAGAAAUGAUUCACUGAGAGUCAUCAGCCUGCAGCACUCAUUCAUAUCUAUGUGUUUGUGAUUGGUCGGUCUCCUUUUUCAUUGGGGAAAGUUAAUGUUUUUGACCCUGGAGUUAGUUCAGUUGAGUUGUCUUCUAAUUUUAGGAAGUAUCAGAAUUACUCUGAUAAAUAGUGAAGUUGACUGCUGUGAUGUCGUCCAAUCUCAGGUUUUAGAAUAUUUACAGUGGUGUGAAACCUCCACUGACUUUUAAAACAAUUUUAAUUUAGUAUGCCCUAAAGUCACAUGUGUAAAGCCUGUUCAGAGAACAGGGCCUCCAUCUUUUUGCUCCUUUUCCACAUUGUACGUCACUUGAGAAAGUGUCAAUUGAUUUAUAUUGUAUAUUUCCAUUUUAACCCAAACGUAUUUCUCAAAGACUAAGCACUUUUUGAUCAUGAAAUAUAUGGAAUCGUUGUGUGAUGUGGAUCAUGGUUUCUCAGGCUCCUCUAAAUAAUCUGCUUAUGGACAUUGUUCUAACUCUGUAUGAGAAUAAUAGAAAUCUUUGCUAAUGUUAGAAAGUUUUUAUCAUUGAUCCUGAAUGCAUUUUUGCUAGCUUCCAGUGGAUGGGAGAGUAAACAAAUGCUGCAUUCACAAUUCAAUAGGUUACUUUCCCUUGAGCCUUAAGGUAACUUCUUUUUUUGGGGGGAGGGGGGUCAACAACAGCACUGAAGUUAUAGUAAAUGAAUGAGAUUAUCAGUUUUCAGGGUUGAUUUUAGAGUACUGUAAACCAAUUAGCUGUCUUCCUAAAGAGAUAGUAAGAUAGUAUUCCUAUUGAAUAAACUAGAUAAUGGGGGUGGGCAAGGUUAGGGGGCUAGUUUGUAGAAAGAAAAAAAAAAAAAGAAAAAACAUUUACCUUAAGAAAAAUAACAUACAAGAAAAAUGUGUGUUGGUGCCCCAUUUGAAAUUCCAAAUAAUAGGGUGCAAUUGGCAGGUUGAGACUUAAUUCCUUCUGAUUUUAACAUAGCAAAAUAACAUUAAUUUUCAGUUAUUAGUUCCCAGAAGUUUCAAGAGAGCAGACUCCUUUCUUCUGCAGUUCAACUAAAAUUACUACUCCCAGACCACAGACUUAAAAUCUAGUUAACAAACAUUUCAACAAAUGUCAGUAUGAAACUAAAUCUGGAAAAUAAUUAAAUUACAUUACAAAGACAAAUUAUCCUAGACAUUUCCAGCUGAUAUUUGUAUCCCUUAUCUGAGUAGGUUUUUUAUAACUGUAUGUAUAUUUCCUAAAGGAAAUUGUCAGUAUAAUCACCUCUAUUCACAAUCUUACUUUUUGAAAAUUUGGCUCUUACCUCUUGAGUUAGACAUUACAACUGGGAUAGGUAAAAACCAAGUUAAAAUAGCAAUAAGUACCCUAUUUGUCAUUUCACUGCUCAGUGGGACUUCUAAUAAAGGGAGGGCAGCUUGUUUUGAAGCUAAAAUGUCAAUCACUUUUUCCCAGUGUGAGUUUAACAAAUGGUCUGAUUAAAGAAUAUAGCUAUACUUUUUUUUUUUUUUUUUACCAGAGCACUGCUCAGCUCUGGCUUAUGGGGGUAUGGGGGAUUGAACCUGGGACUUGAGAGCCUCAGGCAUGAAAGUCUCUUUGCAUAACCAUUAUGCUAUACCCCCACCCAAGAAUAUGGCUAUACUUUUAACAUGAGGUUUUGAGGAUAGAAGCAAUUUUUAUUUUCCCUCUGCUAUAUCUAAAAUAUUCAUUGAGGGAUGAGUGGGUCAAAUAUAGCUUUCGUCUGAUGAAACAUGGGCCCAGAUCAUUGGAGGGGAUUUAUAGACCUACACAGUUGUGCAUUAAAACAGUGCAGAAGCUUGGGGUUUGUUGUUUUCCUUCCUUCAAAGGUAAACUCAAGACAGUUUACUUAGACCAGAAACAACUGCAGGGAGAGGCCUAAGAAAAUGGAGAAACAGGAUUAUAUACCUAAUCACAUUUAUGAUGAUGACAAAAACUUUGGGUUUUCAUUUCAAAUGUAAAAUACAAGGUGUAAACCCUGUUGUGGCCCAUCUCUAUACAGAAGCUCUCUGCAUUCCUUAGAAGUGAAUAAAUUGGAUCAAAGUCUAGAAGCUGAUCAGUACAGGGCAUACUUACAAAGAGUCUAUAGUUUUGCAUGUUGUGGUAAGCAGGCGAGUAUGUUUGACUUUUAGAAAGUAACUUAUCAGUAGGGUUACCAGUAUAGUAUAUGCAGUUUUGACUUCUAUGGUAUUAAGUCCUAGAAUAAUUAGGAAUUUAUUUUGUACUUUCAUGCAAAUGUCUCUCCAAGAUCAUUUUCAGAGUCUGUUCAUAUUUGGAUCCAUUUCCAGAUAACACACUUUCCAUUCUGUAGGAACCUUCACUGCCAGUCAUCUGCCAGGGGCUACCUUAGACUACAUUUUUCAUUCCAAAGUUGGGACUGAUGUCCUAUCAGAAGAGAAUCUACAAAAAUAAUUUGACUUAAAAACCAAAUCUUGAUAGCUGGAGACAGCAUCCUGAUCUAGGUGUACAACUAGGAUUUAGAUUGGACGUCACUUUAAGAGGAUGUCAUCAGUCUGUGUAAAUAUCACAUGCUUGUGCACUGUAAACCAAGUAUGUAUUCCUAUGUAUGAAUUUGUAGGACUGAUUUCUGCUUCAAGAGAAGCUGCACCUUUAACUUUUUAAAGUCCCCUUCACCUGUAACCCUAUAAAUACUUGUAAAUACAACACUAAAAUUUGUAGUGAUAGGAUCAAUUUGGGAAUAUCUGCUGAGAGACCAAAAAAGUCCAUUUUUUUAAGUACCUUGGUUAAAGAGUAAAGAUUAUGCCUCUUAUUUUUUAAAAGAAUGCACUUUAACAAACAGCUGCAUGGGCAAUUCAGACAAAUCCAUGAAACGCAGUACCCAUUCAGAAAUCACACUUCCUGGAAACUGUUUAAAAGCAGAGUCUAGACGGGCUGUUGAUCUCACUGCCUGGAGGUUGAAGCUCAGAUUCUUGUCAAUUUUGAGAUGAGCAGGGCUGCUUCAGAAGAGCAAUGUGAAUACAGCCAGAAACUUCAGACAGGUCUGUAAAAUGGCGGGUCCCGUAUUUACCACUAACAAGCAAAACUGACAGAAAAACUCAUAGAGGAAAAAAUGUUUAAGAAUCCUUACUGCUGGUGUGCACUCCUUACAAUAGCAGACUUUUGCAAAUGGAGUUUUACAGUCUAUAUUUAAAAAAUUGUAUGUUUGUAACAAAUAAAGUAUGCGGAAAAGUGAAUGACAAA